CUAGAUGGUUCAGAUGAUGAGUUUGAUGAAGAGUUCAACAACUGGAUGUCAUGUAGCCAGGAGGAAAUACAGCAAUUCAUCAAGGCACAAGAAAAUAAGAACACCGCCAAGAAAACUAAUUCCAACAUGACAACACUUGCCAAGUGGUUAGAGCAAAAUAGAGGUGAAACAAGACCCCUUCAAUCCAUCCCUCCACACAGACUUAACAGUCACCUUUGCAAGUUUUUUAUGGAUGCCAGGAAAAGUAACGGUGAAAACUAUGAACCAUCAUCCCUUAAAGGAAUGUUAUCAUCAUUCAACCGACAUCUGAGGGAACACAAUUACGCCUACUGUCUCAUUAGGAGCGAGGAGUUCGCCCAGCUUAAUAUGGUCAUUGCUUCCAAGCAAGUGGAACUGAAAAGAAGUGGGAGAGGAAACAGACCUCGUAAAGCGGAUUGCCUCACAGAGGAUGAAGUCGACAGGCUUUACUCAUCAGGUCAACUGGGAUCACACACACCGGAGGCGCUCCUGCACACUGUAUGGUUUAACAAUACCAUAUACUUUGGUAUGAGAGGAGUGCAGGAGCAUCAUGAAAUGAAGUGGGGCGAUUUGAAAGUGAAGCAGGACGGUAAUGGUUACGAUUAUGUCGCCUUCUGUGAGCGAUCUACAAAAACAAGAGGUGGAGCAGAUCCAAAUAAUAUCAGACAAGUUGAGCCAAAGAUGUGGGCUACUAAGGAGAACCCAGAACGUUGUCCUGUGAGGAUGUUCAAAAAGUAUUUCGAAUUGAGGCCAACACACUACAUGAAGGAAACUGAUCCCUUUUAUAUAUCAACGUGUACAGACAUGAAUAAGUCCAAGAAGUGGUUCAGGGGACAGCCAAUAUCUGGCCACAAGAAUGUGCAAAGCCUAAAUGACUACAGUUCACUGAACAGCAACCAACAUAGAACCAUAUCUAAGAUUAUUGGUGGACAAGCAAAAAGACCCAAAAGCACACAAGGUCCUGUGAGCCCAUUACCAGACCCUGUGAGCACCAUGGUGUCCAGCCAGAUGUCCAGAACAAGCUCCGAGCAGAGGGAGAGCCACACAGUCAAUGUCUCCAGGGGUGUAGAUCCCGUGCAGGGAAUGUUCAACAAUGUAUAUGGGGGCACAUACAACAUCACAGUUAAUUAUUUUCAGAAUCAACAGUAUUAA